UGUGUUUAUGCAAGGGGGAGUUUCCAUUGCGAGUGGGUCUCCACUGUGGGCAGAGGGAAAUCUUUACAGUCUCAUAUUACAGCAUCGUGAGGGGGAAGUGAGAACGUGCCCUUACAUCCUCAUAAAUCUCUUGUUUCUGACUCUCUCACUCAUUUGAUAUUUGAACCUGAUACAGUCAGUGUACUGUAUGGAAUCAAAUCAUUUGAACUCUUUUUAAAGACUUCACAGCCAUUCAAGAGCAAUGCAUGGACCAGAACUGGUGGACUCGAGGAGUCGUUUUCGAUUUAUUGAAUCAUGUCUUGGCUUGAUGGGCUGUUUGUGUAUCUGCUAUGCUAUCUGUACACCUCAAUGGCUGGAUGGCAGCGGUCUGUGGUCCUCGGGGAAUGAGACCACGCCGGACAACAGCGGCUCCACCGAUGACAUUGCUAAAGCUCUGGAGGCUGAGAGAGUGUUUGCUGUGGUCGCUUUCCUGAUGUCUGUGAGCUCUGGAGUGCUGUGUCUCAUGUUCGCCCUCUGCUGGACGUCUCAGACGGUGCGCUCCUAUUCCAACACUCGCUCACUGCUGAUGGCAGGCCAGGCGCUUGACCCGACCUCACUGUUACUGCUCACACUAGUACCUACAGGAUUUUUCUUCUUUCUCAGCUGGAUGCUUUUCACCCAUCAGCAUAUUAGUGAGAUCAAGGAGGACAUCACUCGACUUGGACUGUCCUAUUGGCUGGGAGUGGUGGGUUGGAGUUUGCUAUUGGCUGUGUUUCCUGUAGUCUUCCUGGCGGAGAAGUUUGUGGUUCCUGACAUCCUGCCAGAGCUAAUAAAGUCCACUGAUAUGUGGUGGAAGGCCCCAGAGGUUGCACACGCACGAUCGCUUAGUGAAGGUUGCCCUCAUCCACAGCACAAGUCUCAUCCUGACUUCAGGAGGUACAUGUCAGUGCCUUGAACGAGAGGAAAGAGGUUGUAAGGAAAUGCAUAAGAGAAGAGACUCUGGUCUCGUGGGUCUUGUAGCCAAAUAUAUGAGCAGAGCAUAUGUCUCAAAACGGGUGUCAAGGACCAGGAUGAGAAGCCUGUAACUGUUCUCCAGGAUAUGGGACACAAAGCUACAGGAUAUAUUAAGGUUCUGUGCUGGAUUUGGCAGUGGUUUCACAGAUGUACUUGGACAAGGAUGCUCCAAAAUAUGGUUUUUACACAUCAGAGUUUAUGAUCGAAGUGUGAAACAUAAAGUUGAAAGGAUCUUCAACCGAUUAUUUCUCAACAACUUUUCAUAGUCGCCUGCAGUUGUCAAAAUAAAUCACGAUUAACCUCAUCUAACAUAAUAAAUACAUAAAAUAAAUGAAUAAAAACACUAAAUUUGUUUUCGCAAACCUAUAAUAAAGUGUUGUACUGUUAUUGUUAACUCGAACACAUUCCGCGAUACCUGAUAAUAAACAAUAGUCAAUAAUAAACUGAAUUAUUAUCAUUACUGAAACAUUUUAAAAAAAGUAAGAAUUAUAAACGUUCUUCUAUAGAAUACAAGACGCACUUUAAAGAUCCACCUUGUGUUUGAUUUAAUUUGCAAGUUGUCAGUUGUGAUUGUUUAAUUAGUGUUCUACAAUAUUACAGAAUAUCCUGAUUCAAAUAGUCUUUAAGCACUUUUAUUCUGCUAACACUUAAUGUGAGGGACUCCCAGGUGCUAAUGCAGAAUUCAACACUACUUCUUGGUGCUACAGUUUUUUUAACAGAUUUUUUUUAAUUUUCCAUCUCUUU